AUGUUUCAACAGAUCUGGUGGCUGGAUCCAGAACUGACGUAUGGCAAUGCCAAGCCAUUUGUCUUCACGCAGGGCCACUCGGUGUGUAACCGGUCUUUCUUCCCCUGCUUCGACACACCAGCAGUCAAGUGUACCUAUUCAGCUACUGUCAAGGCUCCAGCAGGCAUACAGGUGCUGAUGAGUGCCACCCAAAGUACCUACUUAGAAGAGGAAGGUGUCUAUCAAUUUUACAUGGAAUAUCCAGUUCCUGCCUACCUAGUGGCCCUGGUGGCAGGAGACCUUAUACAUGCAGACAUAGGUCCAAGGAGCAGAGUGUGGGCAGAGCCUUGCCUGCUGCCAACAGCCAUCAGCAAGCUUUCUGGCAUGGUUGAGCGCUGGUUGACUGCUGCAGAGAGUCUGUAUGGGCCAUAUAUAUGGGGAAGAUAUGACAUUGUUUUUCUUCCUCCAUCCUUCCCUAUUGUUGCCAUGGAAAACCCAUGCCUGACCUUCAUAAUUUCUUCCAUUCUGGAGAGUGAUGAGUUUUUGAUCAUUGACGUCAUUCAUGAAGUUGCACACAGCUGGUUUGGAAAUGCGGUCACCAAUGCGACGUGGGAGGAGAUGUGGCUGAGCGAGGGGCUAGCCACAUACGCACAGCGCCGGAUCACCACUGAGACCUAUGGAGCUGCCUUCACAUGUUUGGAGACUGCAUUUCGCCUUGAUGCUCUCCACAGACAGAUGAAGCUCCUUGGAGAAGACAACCCGGUCAGCAAGCUUCAGGUUAAACUGGAGCCAGGUGUAAAUCCUAGUAAUUUAAUGAACCUCUUCACCUAUGAGAAAGGCUACUGCUUUGUUUACUACCUGUCCCAGCUCUGUGGUGACCCAAGACACUUUGACUCCUUCCUAAGAGCCUAUAUUGAGAAGUACAAAUUUACCAGUGUUGUGGCUCAGGAUCUUCUGGAUUCCUUCCUGAAUUUUUUUCCAGAGUUGAAAGAGCAAUGUGUUGAGAGCAAAGCAGGACUGGAGUUUGAACGUUGGCUCAAUGCUACAGGACCUCCAUUAGCUGAGCCAGACUUAUCUCAGGGAUCCAGUCUGACCAGACCAGUGGAGACAAAGCUCUUCAAACUCUGGACCACAGAGCCUCUGGACUCUGUUGCUGCUGCCAGCAGUGUUGACCUCACUAAAUGGAGAACGUUCCAAACCGUGCUUUUCUUGGACAGAUUGCUGGAUGGGUCACCACUGCCACAUGAGGUGAUAAAAAAGCUUUCGGAAUGUUACUCCUCUCAGCUGGACUCCAUGAAUGCAGAAAUCCGUAUCCGCUGGUUGCAGAUUGUAGUCCGAAAUGACUAUUAUCCAGACCUUUACAAAGUCCGUCGCUUCUUGGAAAACCAGAUGUCUCGGAUGUACACAAUUCCACUUUAUGAGGACCUUUGCACUGGCACCCUCAAGUCUUUUGCCUUAGAAAUUUUUUACCAGACCCAAAACCAGCUGCACCCCAAUUUGCGGAAAACCAUCCAACAGAUCUUAUCACAGGGCUUGAAUCCACUUCCUGCCAUAGACACUACAGCAGUCACUACAGACACACCAGCAAUGGUGCUUGAGGACAAAGUCUCAGAGGCUACAAAUGGUGCCAUUUCACUCAGGGAUGUUAAUGUGUCUGCUUAG